GCGCUCGGAGGCUGCCGUUAUAAAGUCAACAGUCGCCGACGCCUCAGGGUUGCGGCGGUGUUGGAGGUGGCGGCGAUGAAGACGCCGAAGACGCCGUGGCCGGCGAUGGUGGUGUUGUGGCAGAGCGUUCAACCUACAAUCAGAUGGUCGUUAGUUCAAACUCUGGUCAAGGAUUGCCUUAACCCACCUUCCUUCAAGAUGCCGGCUUUUGCGGAUCAAAAGGUCCACAUGAAGGAUCCAGCACGCGUGCAACAGAUCGUGGAUUGCCUCAUCAGUGGUGGCCCCAAAAAGCUACAGGUGAUUACAGACUUUGACAUGACACUGACGAGGUUUUCCAACAAUGGAAAGAGGUGCUCGACGUGCCACAAUGCAAUUGAGUCUUGCAAUCUAAUGACAGAAGAAAUAAAAAAACAGAUGGCUGCACUGAAGUCAAAGUUCUACCCCAUUGAGAUCAACCCCAAUCUCUCUGCUGAAGAAAAGAUUCCUUUCAUGGUUAAUUGGUGGUCAAAGUCCCACGACCUUAUGGUGGACAUGCAAAUCCGAAAAGAGCAGCUGGCCAAGGUGGUGCAAGAGUCUGAUAUCCAGCUCCGGGAUGGUCACACGCGGUUUUUCGAAGCGCUGCACCAGCUGGACGUGUCUGUGUUCAUCUUCUCGGCCGGCGUGGGGGACAUUUUGGAGCACGUGCUGAACAACGCGGGCGCCAUGCGCCCCAACGUGCACAUCGUCUCCAACUACAUGGACUUCAACGAGGAGGGCGUCCUGCAAGGCUUCAAGGGAGAGCUGAUCCAUACCUACAACAAGAACGAGGGCGCACGCUCCAACGCCGGCUACUUUGAGAGACAGCGCGACUGCACCAACGUCAUCCUGAUGGGCGACUCGAUGGGCGACGUGCGCAUGGCGGACGGGGUCCCGCACGUCGAAAACAAACUCACCAUCGGCUUCCUCAACGACAAGGUGGAGGAGAGCCUGGAGAAGUACAUGGACUUGUAUGACGUCGUUCUCGUUCGUGACGAGACUCUGGACCUGGUGAACAGCAUCCUGGAGGAGCUGCAGAAACGCACUCAAGCGGACUGGGCGGGGGAGAAGAGCGACACUCCCAUUGUCGUCUAGUACUCUGUAAUAAUAUAAAUAUUAUUAUUGCUUGCACGUUUUAUUAAUUUUAAUAUUAUAUUGAAAUACUUCAUUGAACCUUUUCAGACUUUAUGGGCGUCACGUUUAUUGAUGCAAUCUGAUGCACUUGACGGUACAGAGGAGGAAAACCGCAACAACUGAAACGCACAAUGCUUUCUUUAAUAUUUUUAAAUGCACAUUUAAAUGUAUAAAUACAUUGGUGCAAUGUUUAUUUCUGUCUGAUAUUUUUAAAAGAGAAGUUCAUGAAGACUAACACCUAAGCAAAGCUAUAUGGAGGUCUGGUUGGCCUCGUGGGUGGGCUUGGCAGGGGCGGCCUAUGCAUCGCAAUGGUCACUUGUGCAGCUGAUUGUUUAGUUUAUCGGAAUGCAGCACUCUUGCGUAUUUAGUGGUGCACCUUUGCUGAAAUUGCAUCGGAGCCAAUCGUUGCGGGAGAGUCGUGUGGUGUUCAUUUUGGCCAGUACAGCACAGGUGAUGAAGACAUCUGCGUUAUAACCACUGCCAUUGUUUUCCACUCAUUGUAUAGUCAAACAACCUGCACUUGCCGAGACUAUGAAAUCCAAGGUGGAGGCAGUUGGGAGGCGUUCAUUUAUAAAAUAGUCCUAUACGUGCACACGAUUAGAAGGAUCGCAUGGCAUUGUCGGAGUUUGCCCUGUGGCAUGUGUUUUGCAUGAAUUGUCGCAUUCGAGACAAUGGGUGGGAAUUUCUCAAAUGCGGCAUCAUCGCUAGGACUGCCACCAGUAGAGUAACGUGUCAAGGUAAAGCACUCGAGUGGUGAUGGUAAAUAUUGGUCAAGUUCAUCUGCCAGCGAUGGGCUCUGUGUAAAGUUCAGAUGGGAUACAUUUCUGCAGUGACUUUUACCAGUCGAAUAAAAUCCACCGUGUUUUUAUUUGUGACACAAAUUAAUAUCUGUCCCGCACUUCGGACCUGUUUGCUUACAGAUGCUAUUUUCUAAAGGACCGUCGGGUGUGUAAAAUCUAUUAAUUUGCCUGAACAGUCAAAGCUAAAACAAUGUAUUGAAACCACACGGUCGUGUAUUUUGUUUGCACUUGACUAUAAUUUGUUAUUAAUACAUCGAACGUUAGAACAUGGAUUUAAAUUACAUGAGAAAAUGCGUUUUUCUAAUUACAAUAUUGUGUUAAUCGCAAUAAACAAAUGUGGCGGUGUGGCGGUGUGGCGAUGCAGUGGUUCGCGCACUUAGCUAUGUGCUGUGCACCUGGCAACCCAAAUUUGAUUCGCGGCCAAAAUUACCUUCAGUGGAGCUUGGUGAUCUCUACCAUCCCACUCCGCCCUUCAGUUCAUUUAGUUCAUUUAUUUUGGUAUAUCCCUAUGAGCCAUUCGGCUCUUGAAUCGGGUGCAACCACAACAAACAAAAACUGCACUGACCAGCACGUGGAGUGUGGUCACACAAACUCCACGACUGGACCCGGCAUGAUUGGAAGGGUCUCGUCCACUUGGACUUAAAACAGAUUUCGAUUAAACUGUCCACAGCAGCCACCGUUACGUUAUUCGUUAAUUCACAGCACGAUAUGCAAUAAAGCAGGCAAAACACCAGGGGGCAGUUUUAUCGAUAACUUCCUGCAGGGUAUAUGAUGGAAAAACACUUUUUAGUAUUGUUUGUGUCGUCACCAAUUCCGAAGCUUCCUGGUACUGUUCAAGGAUUGUUACGAAUGUUAUCCAGAGGGCCAGAUCUUCCCUUCUCACCACAAGCAGCUGUUAUCCAUAUACUGGGUUUCACUGGUUUGUAUUGAAAACCAAGCUGCCGUUGAUUUGUACGUGUUAUAAAAAAAAAACUUCGGCUGAAAUGCGUUAUUCAUAAAGUAUGGUUACGUGGACAGCUGACAUAAUCACGUCAUUUUGAUAUCGGCAUUCAUUGUUUUUAGAACAUGCACGAUAUAAACAUGUUUUUCAUCCAGACAUGACUUUUACAAAUAAAAAAAUAUUUCAAAGCA